AUGAAGUUCCCCUUGCCAACGUGUCCGUUCCAGCCCCUCGAGCUCUCGGACCGAGACAAAGGUGCGCUCCGAGCGCUCUCGGACGACAUCUUGGCCGAGACAAUGGCCGAGUACGACAGCAUGCUCCUGUACGAAAACGGCGUCGUAGAUACCGAGCGGUGGAAGCUCCUCAAGCGCAAGGAGAACCUCGUGGCGUACCAGGACCGCUGUGCCCUCGCAGUCACGCUCAAGGCUUCGCACAGCAUGACAAAGCCUAUGUCCAUUGAUGGCAGCACGGACGACCCCGUGUCGCCAUUGCGGUCGACGUCAAGUCCACUGACGAAAGCACCAGCUCAGCGAGUGCUCUGGCACGGCACACUGAACUGCGACUUGGACGACCUCAUGCUCGGCGUGGUGAACCAGAGCGCCGACGUGUGGAAGAUCAAGUCGUCGUACGUCGAAGACAACGGGUUGGACUACUUUCUGCUGUCUUCGCUCACAGAGCGGUCGGCGGCCAACCCCUUUGACGGGCUACAGGUCAAGUGGACCGUCAACGACAUGGGGCCGACCAUGGCCAAGUCGCUCAUGCGGCCCCGGGACUUUGUCUUCCUCGAGAGCACGGGCAUCACGCACUCACCCGCGACGGGCGAGCGCAUGGGGUACUACAUUUGCAAGUCCCUCGAGCUCGCCGGGGCCCCUGAGCUCCCCGAGUACAAGUUAGUUCGGGGCAAGAUGGAGCUCUACCACCUCUUCCGCCUCAAGAGCAAAGGCGUUGUCGAAGUGUAUGCACGUGCGCUCUGCGACCUGCGCGGUGAGAUGCCGAGCACGAGUGUCUCGCUGUUCUCGGCCGAAGCCAUGUCGACGCUGUCGCUCACGGCCGCAUUUGCCGAGCGGCGGAAGGUCAUGUGGCUGCUCUAUCGCAUGGAGCCGUGCGAAGGCGGGAAGCCGUCGUUCGACCUCUGCAGCGUCUGCACGAAGGACCUGAGCAAGAGCUUACUGCCGUUCAUGAACAAGGCCUGUCGGAUCUGCUUUGGCCGCAUCUGUCCGCGCUGUCGCAUCCCAAAGAAGCUGAGCUUCCUCAGUCGACAGACGCGCGGCGUGAUCAAGAAGAGCAUUGACGUGUGCACGCGAUGUGUCCAUACGUCUGCGCACAUGAGCGCUGUAACGGUAGCGCAAGGUGAGUUAUCGCUGGACAACCCGACCGCUCUGCUGUAUGAAUCUGCCGCAACGCAGAGCUUGUCGUACAUUUCGCUGGUACCGUUAGGGUAG